UCGUCUUCCCCGUUCGGAGUUCCCCCCCCCUGCGAGAUUCGCGGUCAGUUCGCAACACUGACAUGCCGCCGAUUCUCUCAACAUCGCUCCGUCCGCAUUGCUCGAAACCGCCGUCCCUCCCACUCCCUCCCCCGCGCUAGUCCCCCUCCAUGCGCCGCAGCCCCGCCGUCGCGCCGCCGCUCUCCGUCUGCCCCUCCUCUCCCCCUCCGUCCGGAGAUUCCCGUUCCCCGCCGGGGCGGAGCAACGCCGCCCGCGGCUCGCGCGCUCGCGGCGGAGGACCGAUCGCGGCGCGGCGCGUGAAGCCCGAGAGCGGAUUCCGCCGGGGCAUAUGACGCGUUGUUGCUCCCUGGGAGCUCGAGUGCAGGAGUGGCUUCGCGAUUACGACAGGCUCCAGAGCUUCGUCGUCAUCCUCAUCUACGUCCAGAUUGCUUGCGCGCUUAUCGGAUCUCUGGGGGCAUUGUAUAAUGGAGUGUUGCUCAUCAAUUUGGCGAUUGCGCUCUUCGCGCUUGUGGCGAUUGAGAGUAGCAGCCAGAGCCUGGGUCGGACCUACGCCGUGCUCCUCUUCUGCGCCAUCCUCCUUGAUGUCUUCUGGUUCAUCCUUUUCACUCACGAUAUAUGGAACAUCUCAUCUGAAAGUUAUGGCGUGUUUGUAAUCUUUUCAGUGAGGCUUACCCUGGCAAUGCAAAUUGUUGGGUUUUCUGUGAGGCUAUCAUCCUCAUUCAUAUGGAUCCAGAUUUACAGGCUAGGGGUUUCAUCUUCACUAUGCGUGGCUUCUCAAGAACCAGAUUUUGAUUUGAGAAAUAGCUUUCUAAGUCCUGCGGCUCCUACAGCAGUUGGGCGAUCCUCAGAUUCUGACGAUGUCUUAGGAGGCUCCAUUUACAAUCCUGCUUAUUUUUCAUCUCUUUUUGAAGAUAGGCGAGACAAUGGAUGCUCACAUGGGGUGAAGUGUUUUUCAACAAACUUUGUUGUUUGUUUAUCUCUCUUAUCACAUGCGCACUCUCUCUGCAUGGAUGCUUUUAUCUGAGAUGUCUGUUGCAUUUCAUCUGGAUCGACAAAGCCUGUUUGUGCAUGAAGUUGAAGUUUUUGAUGACUUCUUGCUUUCCUAAAGAAAUAUUUUGCCGGCUUGGAAAAAAUUUUAUGCUUAUGCUUAGAAAUCUCUAUGAUGUAUCUUCCAUCUACGGGAAUGCUCUUAAUCUGUUAUUCUUGAUGACAUGUUGUACUGGAUUGUCAAUGUUUGUUCGUGCACCUUUUUUUUUUUUUUUUUUUUUUUUAACAAUUAUUAUAAAGGGUUGUUUUCUACCUAUGAUAUUGUGGAUGUUCAUUAGAUUUUGUGACUGGCACUGUUGCUAAUGGAGCAGAAACUGUAAGAUGCCCCUGUAAAUCAUGUCUCUACACAUCUCUAGUCACUGAACUCUCUCUAUGGGUUUUUCAUAGUUCUGGUUCUGGAGUGAUCAGUAUGCUCAAUGUAGUUUGAGAUGUGGAUUUUUUUGUGGAAUUGUCUUAAUGACUGCUUUUUUACCAUAUUGUCAACCGCCUGCGUUGUCAGCCUGACGUCGUCUUGUAACUGUGUAUGUGCGGGUGCGCAUGUGCAUGCCUGUGUGUUUGUGAACCUAGUAUUCCUCUUGUUGUAAUCUCUUACCACAGUUUACACAUUUGAAGGAUGGAAAUUAUUGUAACUCAGCCAUGAUUAUUUUAUUUUUAGUUCGGUACUUUGAAAGGUACAUAUAUGUUCAAAUAUUUUGUAAAUGAAGAUUUUUUUACAGGUUGAAAGUUUAACCGACAUGCCCCAGAAUGAUAGCUCAUUAACCAAGUCGUAACAUGCUCAGAGUUCGUUUAUCAGCUGUCACUCCCCCCAUAUCUUGACAUUCUCUGGGCUCGUUUGGUGCAGUCACACUGUGCAAAAGAGUGGUCUAAUUACCGAUUUGUAGCCAAAUUCCUUCCCAAAUGGAGGAUAGAACUCCAACUUAAGAUGACUCGACGUGCAUUUCUAUCCUGAAAUUCUGGGGGUCACAACGAAUUUGCUUUUGGAGCAAGAGCAGUUCUGGAGUUUAUGUUGAGUUGGAAAGACCAAGUACAGCAACAGGAUGCCUCACAAGCUUACUUGUUACACUCGGAUUGAUUGCGCACUGUGCUUUUUAUUCUCAUAGGCUGCACUUCUUGGAAGUGGAGGUGCCUUUCGCUGUUACAUAUCCAGCAACUUCUCCUCUUCAAUACGACCAUUGAUUUUCCUCAAAGAGAUCAGUUAUUGCUUCUUGUUCAUAAAAUUCUUUCUAUAUCUAGAACUGCGAGGAAGAACUUACAGGCUUGAGAUGUACCUUAAAAAAAUCACAGUGAAUUAGUUUCUUCAGUUUAAUAUUUUCUUUCAUGCAGGUCAGCAAGAUGCUACUUAGUUCUUGAGUCGGGGUCCAGUAAUGUGUCACGGCUAUGAAAUGCGACUACAGCCGAGGUUGCGUGUUAAAAGUUGGACGUGAGAAGAUUUCUUCCCCCCUUCACAAGUCUGACAUAGUUUCCUUGUAUGUGGAUGUACUAAGCUCAAUUAUGAAUGGCUGUGUCGUCCAUGGUCGGAAACAAAUUUGCCCUUGAACAAGCUUGAUGGAUUGUCUUGAUGUUAUCUAAGAAGCUAAUGCUGGUGGAA